AUGGGGAACCAGAGAUCAACCAACACAGUACAGAGGCGUUGGCAGAGAUCAACCAGGAUAAUGGGGAACACACAGACAAUUAGCUCAUUGGCAGAGAUCAACCCAGAACAUGAGGAACCAUCAGACAGAAAACACAGUACAGAGGAGUUGGCAGAGAUCAACCAAGGUCAAGGGGAACAAUCCGACAAUAAGCACAGUACAGAGGAGUUGACGAAAAAGGCACCAGAAAUCAACCAAGAAUAUGGGGAACGAAAACAAAAUGAGAGUAAGAAGGGGUUGGAGAAACUAAUCAAAUGUAACGAUAUUAAAACAAACGAAAAAGGAGCUGACAGUGAUUACACAACCAGUGAUGAGAUUCCACUUGCCAGGUUAACGAAAAAUAAAAGAAAAUUCUCUGGGACAGUUUUACUGGAAGCAUCAGAGUAUUCAACAUCUGACGACAUUCCUAUCGCAAAUCUAAUAACGCCGAAGAACAGUUCAACUAUGAAAAAACGAAAAUCGAGUAAGGGUAACAAAGCAAUCAAUCCGACCUCAGAUUCGUCAGAUGAUGAUGAGUCGGGUUCACAAGAAGAUUUGAUGUAUGACAGUGAUGAAGAUUUUCAAGUACUUGCUGACCUGGACUUUUCUGAUAUUGAAAGUGGUGAAGACGCUGAUGACGACGAUGAGGAUAAAGAAAGUCAUACUACCACAGGAGAUCCAACGUUGACAUGGACACACAAGCUACAAAAAGUCACAAAGAAGACUUUCACCGGUCCAAAGCCUGGCGUAGCCAUUCCAUUGUCAUCGAAUGCAAAAGAACUGGAUUAUUUUUAUGAAAUAUUUCCGGAACAAAUAUUUGAAACUAUGGUAAAAUCUACCAACGCAUAUGUUCCAAUCUAUGCAGCAGCAAAAAGGAAACAAAUACAAAGCCAGACUUGGAGAGAUACUUUCUACAAGGAUGUCAGUAUAGAAGAUAUGAAAGCAUUCAUUGGUAUCCGCAUGAUUAUGGCUCUGGACCCAAAGCCGUGUCUAGAUGAUUACUGGUCUACACAUCCCGCAUUUAACAAUCAGUUGGUCUCGAAGUCCAUGUCAAGAAAGAGGUUUAAGUCCAUUCAACGGUACUUCCAUGUAAACGAUCCAAACAAGGAUCCAUCCAGACUAGCAGACAAAACGUUAGCAAAGGAGAGUACCAAAAAAUACCCCCUCUACAAAGUUUCUCCGCUCAUGGAACGUGUCAGAAAAAACAGUAUAAGGAAGUACAAUCUCCAUCAGGAAGUCUCUGUGGAUGAAGCAAUGAUAAAGUGCCAUGGACAACACUGGACAAUAGUAGGGGCUCCCAAUAAACCGGCAAAGAGGGGAUUCAAAGUAUUCGUUGCCGCAGAUGCUGUCACUGGUUUCAUGUGGAACUUUCAAGUUUAUUUUCGGAGACAAAAGGAGAUUGGUCUUACACAACGGGUUGUUGAAAAUCUAACAGAAGACAUUGCCGAUAGGAACCAUAUCAUAUUUGUUGACAAAUUCUACACAUCGGUUCCUCUGGCUUUAUCUCUUUUGGAGAAAUCCACAUUCCUGUGUGGAUCGUUCAACACGGGAAGGAAGCACUGGCCAGUAGAACUGAAGGUAGACAAAAGGAAGAAGAAGAAAGACGACAAGCUCCGAACCCUGAAGAGAGGCGAAUCCAUGGCAAGACAGACUACCGAUGGUAAAUUUGUCGCUACUGUUUGGCAGGACUCGAGGACGGUUUACAACCUAAGUACUUGUCACAAUGCUAUCACAAAUGCAAGACGUGACAAAGUGGAAAGAAAACAUCUAAAUACAUCUGGGAGAUGGGAAAAGUCUGAGUUUCCAUGUCCGGAGGCUAUAGUUGAAUUCAAUAAGUACAUAGGUGGUGUUGACAGGCAUGAUCAUCUCAGGAGUAGUUACAGCCUCCAAAGAGCGAGCGUCCGCUGGUGGACUUACUUUGUGUGGUUUUCCGUGGACAUGGCAUUAAUCAACGCUUUUCUAAUGUACAAAGACAAUCACAAAAGAGCAACACACAAGAAAUUUCAGCUUAAGGUCAGUAUUAAAAUUCCAUUAUCUUCAUCACACUAA